AUGGGUGAAAAGCAUUUGGUUUCUUUCUCAAUGGUCUUUCUCCUCGUCGCCGUCUUCAUCAGCCAAGCCCAAGGAUCAGCCCUCUGUGACGAAGCUGCUUUCCCUGCACUCUGUCGGUCCACUGUGAAAGGCGCAUCCGAUCCAACAUCAGCCUUGAAGAUCACCAUCGAACACCUCAUUUUCGAAACGAAACGCGCGAAAGAUUCAAGCUUGAAGAUUGGGUCAUUGAAGUCUCUAGGCGUGUGCAAACAGAACUUCGAUGAUGCCGUCGACGACCUGCAGAGCAGUCUGGCGUAUAUGCAGAAAAAAGACAUCCCAAGCCUGAAAAUCAACCUUUCCGCUGCACUGACUUUCUACUCCACAUGUGACGAUGCGGUGGUGGAGAGUGGCGACCAAAAGAAAGCUUCCACAGUCUUGAGCAACGACCUUCUGCUGCAACAUUUGGCCGCAAAUUGCUUGCACUUAUCCACUUUGUUGAAGUAA